AUGGGCAGCGACGACGAGAACCAUGUCCCUCCAGUGUUAGUUGGUUUAAGUCGUUUUGGAGCAAGGGAAAUCACACAUCAACCUUAUCUCUCAGAAAUGUUCACGCAAUUUCUUAUCUCUAGUUUUCAGGCUAUUAGCCUUUAUGUCAGAUCGGCUCUCUGGAACUAAUUCCAAUUAGAAUGAAUCUGAAACUCAAGAAAAAAAAAACUUCCAUUUUUUUGAAUUUAAGAAAAUAGCUCUCAAGGGAAACUUAGUUCAAGAUUCGAGUCAAUAAAAUUUGAAAAAAAUUCGAUGUUUUUUUAAAGCACUCGUAAACUAAGAAUCAAAAUCAAAACUGUAAAGCAACACGCGGGAAAAUAAGCUUUAAGAAAACUAGUUCAGAUAAAAUAUUUCACAUAAAAAAACAAACUUCGCGCUCGAAUAAAUUAUCAUAUAUUUUGCGCGUUUAGGUGCAUGAUUACGUCAUUCUGCUCCUUUAGUGCAUUUUAAUUUUGAAAAUUUUCCUCAGGCACUGGUGCGCGCACGCGCGGGGGUACUGAUUCUUUUUUCGCCUUUUCCACUGAAAUAAGGCUUUGAAAUAUAUUUUUCAUAUUUUUGUGAUAUAACCCAGUGCCCCUGCUCACGUUUUAAAGUUGUUCCGAGCACUUUCGAACAAAUUUAUGAAAAAGUUGCCAAGUGAAACUUUGAUAUUUCACAUUUUUUUGUGCAAUCUAAUUGUUAUAAACUGGUGCAGAGCAAUGUUAAGAGAUGAACAGACAUGAAAAAAAUAUUAAAUUUAUAACUUUUCAAUAAGUUAAAAAAAGCUAAAAAAAUAAAAAGAGACACCCCUGCGCGUGCGCGCAGCAGGCGGCGCGCAUGCGCACUUUUGGCAACAAACACGCGCCGUCAGUGCCUGAGUCUAAUUUUUGAAGUAAAAUUUCGGUUUUUGUAUUUGUAGAAGCAUAACUGAGCUGAAUUCUUGUUUUUUUUUUUUUUAAUCGUUAAAAAAAUAUUAUUGAAAAAGUUUGAAGUAACUGUAAAAAAAUCUUUUUCAACCUUUGAAAAAAAUUUAAUAUCAAUUUUUUUGAGUUAAACUGAAUGUAGAUUUUUUUAGACGUCGGGUAUACGCGCCUAAGAAGAAAACUAAAAAUGAAGUCGUUUUCUAUACGAACUUCGAAGAGGUUCUAGAGGUAUGUAUCCCUUUUUUGGUACCAAAAAUCAGUUUUCAUUUUUCAGAAAGUAAAUCCGUUCGGACUGUAUCAAAUAUUCUGCUUUAUCGUCAUUCUCUACGCAUCUAUAGAAUGGGCAGGUAAACGAGUUUUUCUUUCUAAUUAGAAGCGAACGAAAAGGUUACGCUUUCGCUUUUCUGAAUAAUGAUUACUCGAUUAAUGCCAUUUUUAGGCUCACAUUCAAAGUAUUCUUGUGUCUUAGGAGUUUUUUUUUCAGGAAACAGCACGUUUAUGUACGUCUUGGGCUCUUUGGAACCUAAUUGGAAAUGCACUUUUUUCAACAAUAAAACAACCACAAGUGAGUAGAAUUUUUCGCUAUUGUCUUUAUUUUAUUGUUUGAAAACAUUUUCAGUCAUGGCUCCGACGGACGACGCUGCUUGCAAGUACAUCAGAAACCAAUGUGCGAAAAUCGAGCCAGAGGUUUUUCUUCUUAAUUUUUGAAGUAGUCAAUCGUAUUGAGAAACUUCAAGCCAAUUUGAAUGAUUUUAACAAGUUUAAGGAUAUAUAAACGCUUUACUUCGCGUCACAACUAUUAGAAGGAAUCUUUCAUAUAGCCGUACGACCGUAAUCUAUCAUUUGCAAAAAAAAAGACUUUUUUCGGUUUCCAAGUUCACUUUUCUAUCGACUUUGAUUCCUAUGAGUUUUUUUCAAUGCAGUUUCAUUGAGCAACAAGUUCGCGAACUAUAAAAUCGAAAUGAAGUAAAUAAAAUCUCAGAUGAGCGGAGCCGUACGACCGUAAUCUCUCAUAUGACAAAGAAAAUAAUUUUCACAAAUGAUUUUUUUUUAUUGAAUAAAAAAGCGAAGAGAUGGUUAAACGAAACAGGUCAGAAUGAAAAAAUAGAGUAAACUGAAAAAAAAUAAAGCUGUGUUAGCGUUUUGUGAAGAUCGAUAGGGUCUAGAGCCGAGGUACACACACUGAGAUUAUGGGAAUAAUUUUUGAGAAAGUGAGUCGGUUUUUAUUUAUUCAUUUUUUCUUCACAGUUCAAUUACAACACGGCAGCUAAAUUUAUCUUCUUAUCCAAUAAAAUGAAUUUUUUCUAAUAAGGAACUAAGAAUGCAGAUUUGGUUUUUUUUUUAGUUUUGAUUUAUUUUUAGUUCGGUUCUAUUAACCUAAAACACUCGAGUUCGCUGUCAUUAUUAAGAUACUAUUUGCAUUCAAAUCUUGAGAAAUUUUUCAAUUCCAACUUUUUAUUGAACAAAAUUUCUUAAAAUGUGCACAAAAACGGUAGGUUUUCUCAUUUCUGUACUUUUUUAAGUUUUAGUUUUUUCUAUAGAUUGUUAAAUCUAAGUAACCCAUUGGAAUUGAUCUUUUCUGAGAUUAUCUAACAACCACCGACUUUAGCGAGACGGCCUCGAGUUUUUCUCCAUUGUUGCUCAGUUCAAGCUGAUUUGCGCAGACUCCGACAAGCCCAAAUGGAUUGAUGUAAUUCUAGCAGGUGGAUCGGCAAGUACUUCUUGAACAUUCAUUUGUAUUUCCCUAAUUUUGCAGCUCGUCGGCUCCGUCAUCGGCGGGCACGUCGGCGACCAUUUUGGCCGGCAGACAGCCUUUUUCGUGGCGCAGCUGCUGAUCAUCAUCACCUCGAUGAUGUCGACGGCUUCUCAGAGCUGGAUCGCCUUUGCCUCGAUCCAGUGCGUCAACUGCUUCCUUUACGGCGUUAUCGAGGUCUUAUUUCAUCGAUGAAAUACCUUAAUAAAUCGCAAAAUUACAGACCACAUCACUCACCAUGAUGAUGGAAAUUACCAGCAAUAGGUGAGUAAUUGGGAAUGGGACAUAUAAAUGCUCUUGAAAAGACCCGGCCGUAAGAUUCAGUAGAAAGAUGUUCAAUUUCUCACAUUUUGCUCAUUUUGGCCGUCUUCUUUUCACAGAAAUUCAAUUACUUUCUCAAGAUUUAGACUUUCAAUCUAUUUUGAUAAGUGCAUAAAUUCAAGAUAUCGGGUCAUCAUGGUGAACGCCUUCCAAUGGCCCAUCGCUUACAUGACGAUCGCUCUCAUCGCUUUUCUCACAAAAGUAUUCGAAACCGAUUUGGAACGUUAUUCAUUUUUCAAAGGGCUGGCAAAACUACUUCGUUUUCCUCAACUUGGUGUCUUCCCCACUGGCCAUCGCUUUCAUGUUAUUUUUGGAAUCUCCGCGGUGGCUCAUCGCCAGGAACAAUCUCAGCAAAGCCUGCGAUGUAAAUCAUUCCAACUUUUAUUUUUCUCUUAUAAUCUCGCAAAACGUGUUUCGAUGCCUCGCGAUCGCUUAACGAGUUUUAAAUUGACUAUAACCUUUAAAGUAUUAGAAUAAAAUACUUAUCCUUGAGGUCAUUAUCUAAGUUGGAAUUCCCAGUCAAAAGCAAUCGCGCCGUUUUGAGUCGUUCACUUUGCUUUCAUGGCGCUUCCAUUUGUUUCAAUCUAAGGUCCUCAACGAUAUCGCACAUCAAAGAUGGAACAAUACACAUGCCAGGUUCACGAAUAAAAGUAUCUCGGCCAUUCACAAACAAGAGAAACAAGGAUUCUACUGGUUCUACCAUCUUUUCAGGUAAAAGAACCUUUCUUCGUCGAUAUUUUCUCUUUUUGCAGCACAAAACGUCUUGCAAAACAGUCUUUUCUGCAAAUUCUUUCUGUUUUCACGUACGCUAUGGUUUCCAACACUUAUCUCUACAUUGUCUCUGGAAAUCAUGGUGCGCUUUUUCGCUUGAACCAUUAUUUAACUUCAGAAUCUUUCUAGAAUCACCGAUAAUGUUCACUUUCUUGGACGGUCUUUUCCGUCUUUUCACGCCGUUCAUCAUCAUUUUCCUCGACCUGACCAUCCCUUCGUUUGGCAGAAAAAUUCAGUUCCUCGGAUCUCUUUGUGAGCUCUUUAUUUUUCUCUUGACGAAGUUUUUGACAUUUUGCAGUGAUAGAAGCUGUUCUUUUCGGAGUAGUGAUCGUCUUGGUGGCCACAGGAACCGCCGCUGCUAAUUCUUUGUGUAGGAAAACUUCUUCCGGCUUUAAUAAACAAUCAUUUGGCAGCCGUGACGAUUCUGAUCAUCAUCACGACGAUGAUCAACGACUGCAUCUUUUGGAUCAACAUCAUUCAGAUCACCGCGCAGCGAUAUCCGACCGUCAUUCGCUGCAUCGCCUUCGGAUCACUCCAUUCCAUCAAGUUAGUAACUAACUAACUAUAUUAAAAAAUUGAUGGAAAGGUAGGUAGAACCCUAACAAAUUCACGUGGCUUCAAAAUUGAAGAGAAAUAAAUAUAAAAAAAUAAUUUUUUUAUCACUUGAGUCCUGGAAAGAUACAGAAAAAAACUAGCUCAAAAAGUUGCCGAGCGGUCGUUAUACUGACAAGCCAGCCCUAGCACAAGCCUUGCGAUAUCCAUCAAAUGAAGAUACCUGGACCUGUGCGAUUCUCUCAAACUUAUCUACAAGUAGAAACUAUAGAAACAACCGUUCGAAACUUCAAUAACUUUUUUAAAAAAUUGUUUUUCUCGGUCAACUUUCGACUAUUUUUUAGUUCAAACAUUUUUCAAAGUUAAUUGAAGCCGCGAACCAAUUAAUCAUAGACACAUUGGCUCAAUUGUCGGAUUCUUGAUACUGCGCCCUUUGCUGACUUCCAACUGGCCAACGGGCGCUUUCGUCAUUCCUGAGGCCUUGAUCAUCAUCACCUUCGUCGUUGGCUUCUUGUUCCAACCGGAGACCAAGGGGAAGGCUCUCAUGGACCAAAUGGUUGAGGCCAACUACGGGCGCUUAGAGAACGAACUUCCGCGAGCUCUCAUCCGGUUGGUUGUCUCUUGAAAUGUCUUACUUUUAACAAAGACGUCUUUCAAACCUCACGCCUUACCACUUUUACCACUCUUAAAUAUGUGCGCAAUUUUUUCUCACCAUAUAGAAAAAAAAAUUCAUAUAGUGUAACGUUUUUAUGUACCUAAAAUUCGAAUUAAGGGUUUUAUGCGAAAAACUUUUCUCUUCAGACUUGCUGCUGGUCAUAAAGUCGCUCAGUCAGAAGUCCGAGAAAAGCACCGACAGGAGCUCGAAGCGGCCAAGGCAGCCGCGAGAGCCGGCCACGAAGUCGACAGUCCUUGGGUGUUCCGAGUUGGUCUCCUUCUCCACUCACAAAAGAUGAGUUAUGAAUUCCAGGGUGAUUCUCGCCCUGCCAGCGCAGUUCCUGAGGUGCAAGUCAACUUCCAUCACCUGGAGCGUUUCGACGACGGCGGCAUCGGAGGAAGUCUUCACUUGGCCAAACUCCGUCCGAACGGAUCCCCUCACUUUGAACACCUGGAAGAGUACGACGACGGCGGCGCCAACAAGUCUCAUCUCGACGGUGCCUACAGCAGCGACUCUUCUCCGGACGACGACAGACUUCGGUUGUAGAUUCAUUCUCGUUGUAUUUAUUUUCACGUUAUGAAUAAACUUCUAGUAAUUUCCUAAUUCGAGUAGUUCAUUUCCGAGCGCGCUGCACAUGGGAAGAGCAGGUUUGGAUCUUGAGGACACAAUAGAUUAGCACAUGAAGGAUAAAACGGUCUUCAAACGUCAAUUACUUUCUUUGAAGCAGAACUUUAUUUAUAUAUGUUCAUCUCUGACGGAGCAAUCAGAAAACCCAAACUUUAGAUAUAUUUCUCGCCUGUUCGAAUGAGAUUAUUACAGUCCCGUUUGAAAGAAAUCAAUUGAACGAAAAUCUUAACCGUUGAAAAUGAAUUGAAAACGCGUGACUUUUGGCUGUUCCUCCUCAAAAGUUUCACAGAAAGAACUGAAACUUUUACAAAAAAUUUCGUACAUUGUAAAACAAUGAAAAAGGCUAGUCCUGGACCUCUUGAAGAUGAUAAGACUUCCCGCGCCGACAUCCAUGAAGGAGAUGUUUGGCGGCGACGAGCAGUUUGUACGGAAGCAGGUGGCCUUGAUGGAGGAGUUCGAAGCGAGGGCGACGGUGAGGGAAAAACUUCCUUUUUUGAGCUCAAAAAUCAGGCUGGCGCCGAUGCGUACGUCUUCGCUGCUGCUCCCUUGAAGACACCGGAAGUCGAACUGGUGAACUUUUUUUUCUAUUUUUCGGAAAAUACCGACACUCACUAUUUCUAUAUUUUCCCAACCCUUGGAAUUUCAAGCUUGAACUUUCUAUCAGUUCUAAGCUGCAUUGAGAAGAAUGACCAAUGAAGGGUGUGAAACACUUGCAGAUGAGUAAAUCUUUCCGGUCCGAGACCAACGAGAACGCCUCAAACCGCUUUCCUAGUACUUAAUUAUCAUGCUUCAGACUUAAGCCCUGGUUUUUCUUUUCUUCUUAAAUAAGAUUGAAAGAGCGAAAAAAUGAGAAAAAUUUUGUUGAAAUUUCCAAUCAUUUCUGCAAGACUACUUCCUUUCCUUUAACACCGCCCAACACGUGGUAGUCGGUGAUGAAAUUGAAGUUUAAGCGCCUAGUUUGAUAAAGAAAAACUCUGAAAACAGUUUGCAGUCGAAAUAACAGAGAACCGCUCCGAAAGUAGCAUUUCGUGCGAUUUAGUCUUGUACAAAUUACCGUUUUGAAGGGGUCAAAAGAGCAGAAAGAAGAGAAGAAAGAGCCGAGAAUCGACGUUCUCAUCUACCGACGUUACUUGUCCCGCAGCCAGCCUUGCGCGGCCUGCGGAGCUCUUUUGGACGUUCACACUUCCAAUAUGGUUCUCGCCUGCGCUCACGUCGUUCAUCCAGGUCUCCUGAAUCCUCUGACAGCUCCUCUAUUCUUUCUCCCCUUGCAGAAUGCGCCGACUUCAUGACAUACACGUCGUCGUGUUCUCACUGUGACAAAAUAGACGGCCGAACUCCUUUCGAGCAACUUUGCGUCUACCUUUGUUGUCUUCAAAAGUACGAAAAAUGAGUGUACCGAUUGUUAUUCAUCCAAAUGUAAUUGUUAUUCGCGUGCGUGCAGGACAUAAAUUUUUGACGAUUUGCAAUCGACAGGGCUGUGCUCUGUGUGUGUUUAUAAGCUCAGGACGAUGAUAGUGUCCGUCGACGAAAAAAGCUGAUUGCUUUUGUAAUCGCGUUGCCUUCUGGUUUCGUGUUGGUUUUUACUGCGGUUCGGAAUUUGUGGAAUUUCUCAACGGAAUUUGGAGCCUUGACUAUAUCAGUGAAGCAGGAAAAAAGUUGGUAAGUUAAGACUGGUCUCUUAAUCGUUGGUCACAAGUGGAGAAGAACUCCUCGAAUACCAACAACAGUAUUUGCGGACGGCCUCGUGGUCUGCAACUUCAAUUUAAAAUAAUAACGUCGCCGAUAACAAGCAAAAUCUAUGAUAUUUUUCUUCAAGUUGAAUUUGAUAUAUCGACAAAAAAGUUUGAAGAGCCGAUAACAAGGAUUUUCAAAACAGAAACUUUUCCUUCUUCUAACUCCGACCUGAUACAAUGGAUACAAAGCUGAAUUGAGUAGUUUGAUUCUGAGCUAAAUUCUCUAGAGAAGCUAAAACUAUAGACAAGGAAGACUGUUGCAAGUUGUCGCAAAUAAGGUGACUGAGCUGUGAAAUUGAACUCAAAAUCAAAAAAUACAAGAAAUUGUGCUGAAGAUUGAAAUCAAUAUUUAUAAUUCAGAUUCGGCGUGAAUCUCCGUCCGUGGUCCAACCCAGGGCGGAUCGAUAAAACACUCAAAUAUAUGUGUUUGAUGAAGCUCAAUGGCAUGGUAAUAGGCUAA